CAACACGUCUCACGUGUGUCAGAAUAAAUCCAAAUCCUAAAUUCCCGUGCAGCACGAGCUGAGCCCCCGGAAUGAUUCCCUCUCAAAAAACAUGAAAGCAAAAACAUCCGAUUAAAUUAAAUUGACUAUGCCCACCCGCCAACCGCGAAUGACCUGAGACCUCAUCAGCUGACCGAUACCAGUAUCAGUAUCCCCACCAACAAAUCACCCAAAACCACGCCGCAGAGUCACCGACACCCCUCCCGCCAAUGGCUAUGGCCACGACGACGUUAUCUGCCACCGCAAAAAUUCCUUUCAAAACCACCAGAGGAGACUGCUCUAUCCACUUUCUUUCUCCUCCUCCUCGGAUGUGUACUGUCACCAGAUGCUUGAAUCGGACGUCGUCGUUUGCUCUCAGGUCCGCGAGUAAACAACAUUCGCAGCCACUGCCACUGGUAGUCUCAGCCACCAGCGCCGCCGUGGAAGCUGACCCUCAUGUCACUACUGCCGCUUCAUCUAAAUCCCUACCCUUCCGCGUCGGUCACGGCUUCGAUCUUCACCGCUUGGAACCUGGAUACCCUCUGAUCAUCGGAGGUAUCAAUAUUCCUCAUGAAAGAGGCUGCGAAGCUCACUCCGAUGGUGAUGUGUUGCUGCAUUGUGUGGUGGAUGCAAUUUUGGGAGCUUUAGGUUUACCAGAUAUCGGGCAGAUAUUUCCGGAUUCGGAUCCUAAAUGGAAAGGCGCUGCGUCUUCUGUUUUCAUCAGAGAAGCCGUGCGGCUGAUGCAUGAGGCAGGUUAUGAACUAGGAAACCUGGAUGCCACUUUGAUUUUGCAAAGGCCAAAAUUGAGCCCCCACAAGGAGGUUAUCAGGUCCAAUUUGUGCGAGCUGCUUGGCGCGGAUCCUUCUGUUGUGAAUUUGAAAGCAAAAACUCAUGAGAAGGUUGACAGCCUUGGGGAGAAUAGGAGUAUUGCGGCACACACUGUGGUGCUUCUUAUGAGGAAGUAGCAGAUAAUAGGUUUCAAAAUAAAAGUUAUCUUCAAUAAUUUCAUGAAGUCGUCAAACUUAAGGUUGUGUUUGGAUUGCAUUUUCCGUCAUUUUUCAUGGAAAAAUUACUGUAGCGAUUUGAUAUAUGUGAGGGAAAAAGGUGAUAGGGAAAUGUGAUCACGGAAAACGAUAAUAUUUUCCGACGAAAACCUUCAAUCCAAGCAAGGCCUAAAUGUAUACUCCUCGUGAAUGUCCAAAGUCCAUGGUCCUGAUGUCAAAGGAGUUGAGUUGACUGCGCACGUGGAUGAAUUCAGCCUAAAUAUUCUCUACCUGCGUAUCAAAGUUAGACUUGUGUAUCUUUUCUAGUUUGAAUGUCCUCGUGUUUUCAC